UAUAUAUGCCCAUACCUCUAACGAAUAGCUUCAUCCCCCAUCUGAAAGACGCCGCCUUUCUGAGUUUCCCGUCCUUUUAAAUUAUCCAAAAAUGGCUACUCAGAUGAGCAAGAAGCGAAAGUUUGUCGCCGAUGGAGUUUUCUUCGCGGAACUUAACGAGGUUUUGACGCGAGAGCUUGCUGAGGAUGGAUACUCCGGAGUCGAGGUCAGAGUCACUCCCGUCAGGACAGAGAUCAUUAUACGUGCCACUCGUACUCAGAAUGUUCUCGGUGAGAAAGGAAGGAGAAUUAGGGAACUGACAUCACUGGUCCAGAAACGGUUCAAGUUUGAGGAGAACACUGUGGAACUGUAUGCUGAAAAGGUGCAAGAUAGGGGUCUUUGUGCCAUUGCUCAGGCAGAGUCUCUCCGCUACAAACUUCUUGGUGGUCUUGCUGUUAGGAGGGCAUGUUAUGGUGUCCUGCGAUUUGUAAUGGAAAGCGGAGCAAAGGGCUGUGAGGUAAUUGUCAGUGGGAAGCUGAGAGCUCAGCGUGCUAAAUCUAUGAAGUUCAAAGAUGGUUACAUGAUUUCUUCAGGUCAACCUGUGAAGGAAUACAUCGACACUGCUGUGAGACACAUUCUAAUGAGACAGGGAGUGUUGGGCAUAAAGGUUAAGAUCAUGCUUGGGCAUGACCCUGAGGGAAAGACUGGGCCAAAGUGUCCUCUUCCAGAUCUUGUCACUAUUCAUCCUCUUAAGAAUGAGGAAGAAACCACCUCAAAGCCGCAUGCUCCUGCAAUGGCAGUAGUGCCAACCACUGAUAUUGAAGUUCCAGUUAUGUAGGCACACAUCAACUGUCAGAGCUGUGUGUUUACCUUACAUGAUAAUAUGGAUUCUAUGUUUCUUACUACUAUGUCCCUGCAUUCUUACUUCUAAGAUG